AUGGUCCUCAAACUCUAUGGCUCCGCCAUGGCGACGUCGCGCGUCUUGACCGUCAUCCUAGAGAAACAACUUCCCUACGAACUUAUCACCAUCGAUAUAUCCAAAGGCGACCAAAAAGCCGAAGAAUACCGAAAACUGCAGCCCUUUGGCAAAGUCCCCGCAUUAAAUGACAACGGAUUCCUCAUGUACGAAAGCCGAGCGAUCUGCAGAUACUUGGAAAGGAAAUAUGAUUCUGGCGCGGCUCUUAUGCCUCAAGAGGGCGAUCCUGAAACGUAUGGACGCUUUGAGCAGGCUUGUUCCGUGGAGCAGAGUUAUUUUGCUGCUGCUGCCGAGUUGAUUGGGACGGAGCUGACGAUUAGGAAAAAGCUUGGACUGGAAUCAGACAUGGCGAGGGUUGCACAGGCGGAACGGGAUCUUGAUGCAGUUCUUGCCGUAUACGAAGAAACCUUAUCAAAGCAUAAGUAUCUCACUGGUAAUGACUUGAGUCUGGUCGACUUGUUUCAUUUGCCUAAUGGUGCGGCGCUCAAGGCGUUUGGCUGGAAGGCGGCUUUUGAGAGGUAUCCAAAUGUCGAUAGGUGGUUCAGUGAACUGCAGGAGAGGAAGAGCUGGAUUCAGGCCGCGGCUGAGGCUGGUACUGUUGCUUAAAUACACGGCGUCCUCAUCGAAUAGAACCACUCAGCGAAAAUGAAGAGACGCUGGUGGAUAAUUUGAGAGCCUUGAGCAGGGUGGCGACUGACGAACAUAAUGAUUUUCGAUAUUCUUG